AUGCACGAUGCUUUCAAGGUUUCCGUUGCGCUAGACAAAUUGCAGCAAAAGAUCGAGUCUAUCUUCGCAUAUGGUCAAAAGUUAUUCAUAGGAACCAGCUCUGGGGCCCUGUUAGUCUACGAGGUCAAAGAACCUCUAGGCAUGUUCUUCACUACCUCCGAUCCUAAGAUCUACGACGAGCCGCUAACAGUCACCCUGGUGGAAACUCACAAAAAUUUUUCGAAGAAACUGAUCGAACAAUUGGAUGUAAUUAAAGAAAUUGGUGUUCUGGUUUCACUUUCAGACGGCUGCGUGAAUAUAUACGAUCUAAAUACCCUCGAACUGCAGAGUCAAUUAUCGAAGACACGUGGUGCUAACUUGUUCGCAAUUGAUACUCAGAUCGUGAUAAGUGAAGGUGAAAUCCCGACGAUAGUCACACGUCUGGCGGUUGCCGUGAGAAGAAAAUUGCUUGUUCUCACGUGGGAAGAUACUGAAUUUACGAACACAAAAGAACUUUCACUGCCAGACAGGGUUCGAGCAAUGGCCUGGGUUAGCUCCGAUAAAAUUUGUCUUGGAUUGGCCACCGAAUACGCGCUGAUGGACAUUAGCACCGGUGCACUCACCGCAUUGUUUUCCCCGUCCAGCGCACAUGGCGGUGCAUCUUUUAGUUAUAUGGGAAUGAUUGGUUCAAAGGUUACCAAGCCCAUGGUGACAAAAUUACCCAAUGAUGAAAUUCUCUUGGCCAAAGAUAAUGUCAGCAUCUUCGUGGGACUCGACGGAAAUCCUACUCGUAGGGCAGGAAUAGAUUGGUCCGCCACACCUGAAGAUAUAGGAUAUUCAUAUCCUUAUCUCAUUGCGAUACUGCCGAAACAUGUGGAGGUCAGAAAUAUUAUGACGCAGACUUUGGUCCAAACCGUUGAACUACCUCAAGCAAGAUUUAUUAAUAAAGGAAAAUAUUUAUAUGUUGCCAGCUACAACAGUGUUUGGAGAUUCAUUUCUUUAAAUUUUGAGAAACAGAUAGAUCAAUUGGUCGCACAAUAUCAAUAUGAGGAAGCCAUAAGCUUAACUAAGCAAAUUGAAUCAAUUCUACUCGACGACAAGGAUGCAAAGCUUCGACAAAUACGAAUGCUACACGCGAACUACCUUUUCCGGAAUCACGCAUUCGACGAGGCGAUCACCAUCUUCCAAAAUUUAGAAGCAGACCCAGCAGACGUUGUCGCAUUAUAUCCUCCCUCGAUAUCGGGUGCACUUCACGUAUAUGCGGAACAUAAUGAGGCUCAUAAGAAUGAGAUCGAUAACACAGAGAACGGAUCCACUACGGACUCUGAAUUAGAUGAAAAACAUCAGCUCGAGAAGGAGAAUGUUGUAAAAGAAACAAAGCAAAACACCCUUGAAGGAAAAUUAUUGGAGGAUGCCGUUUCAGCAUUGAUAAGAUUUUUAACAGACAGAAGACAAAAGAUAUCGAAAAUAUUACAUAAGCACCAAGUGUUGAAAUCAAGUGAAUCAACGCCUCCAGGGUCACCUAAUGGGUCGAAUCAUAUAAACGGGAAUCAUAAUCACCUACUGGAAGCCGCCGAAUUGGUGGACACAGCCCUGUUAAAGUCUUAUAUGAUUAUAAAUGAUGCUCUGGUGGGUCCACUGCUUCGAGUGCCAAAUCAUUGUAACGUCGAAGAAAGCGAGGGUCUUUUGUUAGAGCGCAAGAAAUAUAGGGAAUUGGUUGAUUUGUACAAGGGAAAAGGCCUACAUCGUAAAUCUCUAGAACUUCUGAAGAAGCUUGGUCAAUCUGAAGGACCCAUGUCAGGAACUUUCCAUACUAUUCUUUAUCUACAAAGACUUGGUGUAGAACAUUUCGAUUUGAUGCUGGAAUAUGCUAAAUGGGUCAUGGAUACCGAUCCGGAGAGGGGGAUGGAUAUUUUUAUAGAUGAUCAUCUUGAGAUUGAAAGUUUACCACGCGAUAAGGUGUUAAGUUUUCUGGAAGGAUUCUCAUACGAUCUCUGCAUAACAUACUUGGAACAUAUCAUAUACGAACUUGAAGACCAGACUUCGAACCAUCACAACAAAUUAAUUACCACUUAUUUGAAUAAAAUUCAGCAAUUGUCAUCGCAAAUUCCACCCGAGGAUUCCGAAGGAAAUGAAAGAGGUCUUUUGUUGGAAUCGAUUGAAGUAACAACAAAAAAACUUUUGAAAUUCUUGGAAGAAUCGACUCACUACAAGGUCGAAAAGAUCUUGGGACAACUUCCUCUAGAUGAUUUUUAUGAAGUUCGGGCAAUACUACUUAGUCGUCUUGGUCAACAUGACCAAGCCUUAAAUAUCUAUGUACACAAACUGAAAAAUGAGGAAAUGGCAGAAGAAUAUUGUGUGAAGAAUUAUAACGAGUCCGGUGAUGACUCGAAAAACGUAUUUUUAUCACUAUUACGAGUAUAUCUACGACCGACAAACGGAGAAGAAGUGAUGAUCGAACCAGCUUUGCGACUCUUAUCACGUCAUGGAUCACACGUGAAUGCUUCUGCGGCUCUAAAUAUGCUUCCUCCCUCAACCAAGGUUUCUCAUUUAUACUCUUUUUUUGAAAAAUACAUUCGAGAGAGUAAUAGAUACAAAAAUAUGAAUAUGAUCGUAAAGAAUUUACUUAGGGCUAACCAACAUCAGAUCGAAGAACAACUAAUGUAUUAUCGGUCACGGAGGGUUAAGAUUGAUGAGGAUCGAAUGUGCCCUCAAUGUAACAGACGUAUAGGACCCAGUGUUUUUGCUGUCUUUCCCAAUGGGGUGGUUGUACAUUUCCACUGUAAAGAAAAG